CACAGGACACGGGUUUUUGAAGAUGCAAGUUAAAAUAACAAAUCAGAACGAGAGCAGAUUCCUGAGCAGAAAGCACCGAGACAGAAACACGACAAUGAACAGACAACUGAAGGGGAAAACCCCCCGCAAGCCUCCAAGAAAGCCUGCUAACAGUCAGAAAGAUCCAGUUGGUGUAUACUGCCGUGUACGACCUUUGGGUGUGGAGGAUGAGGAGUGCUGUAUUGAGGUGAUCAGUGGCACUACUAUCCAAGUUCAUGCCCCUGAAGGAUUUAAAUCUAACCGAAAUGGAGAAUACAAAGAGACACAGUACUCUUUCAAAAAAGUGUUUGGGGUGUCUGUUAACCAAAUGGAACUCUUUGAGUAUGUUGCCAGGCCCUUGGUGGAAGACCUCGUGCAUGGAAAAAAUGGGUUGCUGUUUACAUAUGGCGUAACGGGUAGCGGUAAGACCUUCACCAUGACUGGCUCUCCUGGUCAGGGUGGACUUCUACCCCGCUCACUGGACAUGAUAUUUAGCAGUAUUGGCCCCUUCCAGUCAAAACGAUAUGUUUUCAAAUCAGAUGAGAAAAAUGGGAUGGAGGUCCAAAAUGAGGUUGAUGCGUUGUUGGAGCGACAGAGACGUGACAACAAUUUGAACGUCCCAAAGCCUUCAUCCUCCAGACAAAAAGUGGAUCCGGAAAUUGCAGACAUGAUAAAGUCAGAUGAGGUUUGCAAGGCACCGGAUGUGGAUGAGGACAACUGCUAUGCUGUCUUCGUGUCUUACAUCGAGAUCUAUAACAAUUACAUCUAUGAUCUUUUGGAAGACUCGCCAGACAAUGAGAUCAAACCAAAGUGGAAUGGUGGAGGCACACCUUUGCGCCAGAACACUGAGUUCAUACCACCCCAAUCCAAACUUCUGAGAGAGGACCAGAAUCACAACAUGUACGUAGCUGGCUCCAUGGAGGUGGAAGUCAAGUCUGCAGAAGAAGCAUUUCAGGUGUUUUGGAAAGGUCAAAAGAAGAGGAAGGUUGCAAACACACGACUGAACAGGGAGUCCAGUCGCUCUCACAGUGUCUUCAUGAUUAAACUGGUUCAGGCUCCGCUGGAUGCGGAUGGUGACAACAUUCUGCAGGAUAAAAAUGCAGUCACUGUAAGUCAACUGUGUUUGGUGGACCUGGCUGGCAGUGAGCGCACUGGCAGGACAGGAGCUGAGGGCACUCGCAUCCGUGAAGCAGGGAACAUAAAUCAAUCUCUCCUGACCCUGAGGACCUGCAUCGAGGUUCUUCGUGAGAAUCAGAUGUGCGGCACAAACAAGAUGGUUCCUUACAGAGACUCUAAAGUGACGCAUCUUUUCAAAAACUACUUUGAUGGAGAGGGCAAAGUCAAGAUGGUUGUCUGUGUGAAUCCCAAGGCUGAUGAUUAUGAGGAAACACUGCUGGUGAUGCGUUUUGCCGAAAUGACACAAGAGGUGGAGGUGGCGCGGCCCGUCGACAGGCCCAUCUAUGGCUUCACUCCGGGCCGUCGCAACAGAAACCAGGCCUUAAAGGAAGAACUGUCGCGCAAGUUGCAGGAGCGUGGUGGCCCAGUAGAGGGCGGUAAGCAACAGCCUUGUGUGCCUGGUUUCAUGAGCAUCGUCCCGAGCCUUCCGCCGCUUCCAUCUGUGGAGCUAACCAACCCUCACGAUGACAUCACCCUUCCGCGUCUCAUCGAGGCUCUGCAGGAGCGGUACAAGAUUAAACAGAGAAUGAUGGAAGAAUUCAACAGAGCAGCCAGUGCAAUGAGGUCCAUGCUUCAAGAUCUUGACCAUAACCAGAACUCCAACGAUAAACUGAUGAAUGAAAUAAAUGGCCAGCUGAUGGAGAAGGACAGGGUUAUCCAGAGCAACAAGGUGGAGAUGGAGAGGCUAGAAAAGAAAGCAAGGAUGUUGGAAAACAAGAUUGACAUCCUCCAGAAAACAACAAAGAUCUAUGAAGAGGACAAGCGCUCACUGCAGCAGGAGCUUGAGACCAGAGACCAGAGGCUGCACAGAGAGCUGUCAGAGAAACGGCGUAUGGAGCAGCGCAUGCAGGGUGUCGUCACAGAUACUCAGCUCAAGUGGGAGAAAGAAUGUGAGAGGCGUGUUAAUGCCAUGCAGCUGGAGAUGCAGAACAAGCUCUGGGUGAAGGACGAGAAGCUGAAGCAACUCAAAGCAAUCGUUACUGAGAGCAAGACUCCAGGGCGCCCGGAGCCUCCGCCUCGACAGAGCAGACCGCAGCGUCCCUCCAGAGAGGAGCGCACUCCAGCCAAGAGAUCAGCGUCUCCGUCACCGAUCACGGUACAUUUGGCUUUAACAGUGUUGCUAUUUACACGCAGAAGGCUUCCUCUGACUUCCGGCGCUUCUUUGCAGAGCUCCACACCCGUUCGGCCGCUGCACCGUCGCUCGCGCUCUGCAGGAGGUGAGAAAUGGGUGGACCACAAACCUGCCACCAGCGUGGAGCUGGGCACUGUUUUGCAGCCCAUCAUUCCCAACGCCAUCCAAGUGUCCACACCCACUGAGAAGGCCCUGUCCAAGUGUGACCGCUACGUGCUGACACACCAGGAGGUGGCCUCAGACGGAGAGAUUCAGACUAAACUUGUCAAGGGAGAUGUGAUCAAAACAAGAAGUGGAGGACAAGCUGUCCAAUUUACAGACAUCGAAACAUUACGACAAGAGCACCCUGCUGCCCCAAGGCGCAAGAGACGAUCUGCUGAGGCCAAUGAAGAGCAAGCAGAGGGCUCAUGGACAGACGUGGAGACCAGGUGCUCUGUCGCCCUGGAGAUGAAGGCAGGAUCGAACAUGGGCCCCAGUUUUGAACAUCAUGCAAUCACCAAGCGCAGAAAACCCUGAAAUGGCUCCUCAGUGGACCUUGACCUCACCUGUGCAAUACUCCCGAAUUCUUUUUUUAGGGUUAGACAUGAUGUAUUUAAUCAUUUUGUACUUUUAUAUAUGCAUCUGUGUGUGUGUGCGUGUGUCACCAAAGCUAGCAGGUAGAAUCUAAACUUGAUCAACAGCAUCAAGACACGCUUAAACUAUUUAGUUCAUGUUUUCAAGUACUUUAGACUUUGAUAUUUGCUUUUGCUGUUUUGUACACUCCACUGUUUUAAAGCAUCUGUUA